UAACUUUUUAAAAAAUUUGGAUUCAUUGUGUAAAUUUUAUUUGACUAAAUAUUCUCUCAUACCAAAGAGGUAAAUGGGGGUGAACACCAAAUGGUGCAGUGUUGAAUCAUCCUAUAGUAAUUACCUAAUUCUUUUAUCAAAAUUUAUAGACAUAAUUACACAGCAAUGAUCUACUUUACCACAUGAAAAUUUUGGUGGUGGUGGUUCCGAAAAUUUGAUAGACCAUCGGACUUUUCGACGGCGGCGGUCAUUGAGGAAAAAUCGUUUGUAAAAAAAUUAACAGCUGAAAUAGACAGUACAGUAGAUGACGGCCCUUAUCGACCGCGUUAUGUGAUUCGAAAUUAGAAACCUAGAAUCCCAAUUUGAAAUCCUGAGUAACGAUCGCCAUGGGGAACACCGAGAAGUUGCUUAAUCAGAUCAUGGAAUUGAAAUUCACAUCCAAGUCGCUACAACGCCAGGCCAGAAAGUGCGAGAAGGAAGAGAAGUCGGAGAAGCUCAAGAUCAAGAAAGCCAUGGAGAAAGGCAACGUCGAUGGCGCUAGAAUCUACGCUGAGAACGCCAUCCGCAAGCGAACCGAGCAGAUGAACUAUCUCAGGCUGUCUUCACGCCUUGAUGCCGUUGUGGCUCGCCUCGAUACCCAGGCCAAGAUGUCCACCAUUAGCAAGUCCAUGGGUUCCAUCGUCAAGUCUCUGGAGUCUACUUUGGCUACAGGAAACCUACAGAAGAUGUCCGAGACUAUGGAUCAGUUCGAGAAGCAAUUCGUGAACAUGGAGGUGCAGGCCGAGUUCAUGGAGAGCGCCAUGGCUGGGUCCACUUCGUUGUCCACUCCCGAAGGAGAGGUCAACAGCCUUAUGCAACAGGUGGCCGACGAUUACGGCCUCGAGGUCUCGGUGGGUCUGCCGCAGCCGGGAGCGCACGCUGUGCCUACAAAGGAGACCGAGAAGGUCGACGAAGACAAUCUCUCCAGGCGCCUUGCAGAGCUCAAGGCUAAAGGUUAAGACUUUUAAUGAAUUCCAUCCCCUAUAAAGAGGACACAGGAUUUCAUAUGCCAUCUCAUUACAUAUAUAUGACUAUUAAUGUGUAUCAAUUGAAAACGAAGACUGCUUUUGAGAAGUUGAAAUUUCAUAUGUAAAUUAUAUUGCAUUUGGGUAUUCUCAUUUAAUCUUUUUCUUAA